CCAAACCAGCACAGCCGGAUAACAGAGACAAACUUGUCUGCGAGCGGAUGAACUGGUCGGAUCUUUGUUCUUCACAACCAGAUUAUCAACCUCUUUAUAUAUUGACGCUUCUUCACUUAUAUGCCUCAAAUCUGUAUAAACAUUAUAUAACACUCUUUAUCUGAGCUCGCAGCUUCAGUAUAGGCUUGUACUUUUUUUGUGCUAGCAUAUUUACCCAUUUUUUUUAGUUCAUUAUUACCUCCACCGACAAGGUUUCAUUGGACCAAGAUAGGCGCCGUGGGCACCAAGAUGUCGAACCGGAUGGUGUGCAGAGAAGCGAGCCACGCCGGCAGCUGGUACACGGCCUCAGGAUCCCAGCUUAACGCACAACUUGAGGGCUGGUUAUCUCAAGCACAAUCUACAGCAGGUCCAGCUAGAGCCAUAAUAGCUCCGCAUGCUGGCUACACUUACUGUGGUGCAUGUGCUGCUCACGCCUACAAGCAGGUGGACCCCUCCAUUACUCAGAGGGUGUUCAUUCUCGGCCCCUCUCACCAUGUGCCGCUGUCCCGCUGCGCCCUCUCCCCUGCCGAGGUCUACAGAACGCCACUGUACGACCUGAGGAUUGACCAGAAGGUUUAUGCUGAUCUAUGGAAAACGGGCAUGUUUGAGAGGAUGAGUCUGCAAACAGAUGAAGAUGAACACAGCAUUGAGAUGCAUCUGCCUUACACUGCUAAAGCCAUGGAGAGCCAUAAAGAUGAGUUCAGCAUUGUCCCUGUGCUAGUGGGUGCUCUGAGUGAGUCUAAAGAGCAGGAAUAUGGCAAGCUGCUAAGCAAAUACCUGGCCGACCCUUCCAAUCUCUUCAUCAUCUCCUCUGACUUCUGCCACUGGGGUCAGCGUUUCCGUUACACCUACUAUGAUGAAAGUCAAGGAGAGAUCCACAGAUCAAUCGAGCACCUUGACAAAAUGGGAAUGGGAAUUAUAGAACAGUUGGACCCCAUCUCCUUUAGCAAUUAUUUGAAGAAAUAUCAUAAUACUAUUUGUGGUCGCCAUCCCAUCGGUGUUCUUCUAAAUGCCGUGGCGGAACUGAAAAAGAGCGGCAUAGACAUGAACUUCUCUUUCCUAAACUAUGCUCAGUCGAGCCAGUGCCGAAACUGGUCGGACAGUUCAGUGAGUUACGCUGCUGGAGCUCUCAUCGUUCAUUGAGGUGAACUCUCCCGGAAGCCACAGAAGCCUCCUAGAAGACCCCAGAAUCCUGCCUCACCUCUCUGCCCUGUUCUUGACCAUAUAUCCCCAUACCCCCCUCACUUACUCCCUGCCUCUUUUAGAAAGGACGUAAGAAGCUUGUCGCAGCUGGGAUCCACACCUUGAGUUCAGAUGUAACUUGUUACUAACCUCCUCUACCUUUCCCUAACCACCUUUACCCUGUUUUUCCAUGUGAGGCAACUUUGAUUAUGCUAUAGCUUGAAAUGCAGUCAGUUUUUGGGUGUUGCAAGGUCAGGUUUUUGGUUGUUUUUGUUUUGUUAUGGAAGGGUCUUAAUGAGGCAUCAAUCUGCUCUUGAACCUCCAGGGACUUUAGGUGUCCAGCGAGCCCUUGUGUAAUUUAAAAGUUUAAAUAAAAAAAAAAAUCCAUAUUGCCAUUGCAAUCUUUAUGCAAGUCUGCAUAUAUAAUCUACAUUAAAAGUGACAUAUCUUGUCUAAUGAUAAAGUAAUGAGAAAAAUUAAUUUAAUGACAGCAACAUGCUCCAUGCACACCCUGAGAUUUGUAGUAAUAGCUUCUGCAUUGGUCCUUCAUAAGCCUACUGUUGUAGUUUUUAACAAAAGGGCUACACAAUACCCACUAACCCACCACUGUACCGGAUAUACCAAAAAUUGAUUUUUUUUUUUUUUUUAAGCUAAACUUUUGUUUUAGUCAAAUUAAAGUCUGUUCUCUGAUUCUUAAUUUGUUCUGUUUAUUUUUCCCUUUAAUGUUACUGCUAUUUCCCUUUGUUGCAUACCGUUAAAUACUGUUAUUUAACCUUUAACUUUAUUAUGCUUUAGUUUAACAUAUAAUCACAAACUGUGUGGUAGCAUAAACGGAGAGUAUUGUCUUCUGAAAGUGCAGUACGUUUGAGUUAAAGGAAUGUUCCAGGAUCAAUACGUGUUAAGCUCUAUCGACAACAUUUGUCUUAAUGUUGAUUACCUUAAUCUAAUUUCGAUUAAGCAUUGCUCAUUUAUUUAAUAAAACAAUAAUAAUAAUAAAAAGGCGAAAAUCAUGGUUAAAUUAAGGUGCUUGCUAGAGUUGGGGUACUCUAGUUCGGACUCGAGUCAGAGUCACCAGUCCAAUUUUAACGGACUUGGACUUGGACUUGUCACGACUCUGCAUUUUUACUCGGACUUGACUCUGACUUGAGCCUUUCAACUUGGGAAAGUAGCUAGACAUGCUCUGCUGCUCUCAUCCAGAAAUAUAAAUAACGUAAGUACACCUUAAAAAGUAUGUUCCCCAACUCUGCAAGUUAUUAAAUAGAACACGUUUUAUCAGACUCGCGCUUACUACGCAGUCAAUUCUAACUGAAAAAUGUUGACUAUAUCGAGACAAAAUCAAAUUUACUAUGUAUCACGGACAUUUAAACUAAUAUGAUGGAUGAAAUCAACCAUUAUGGAAAUUGUACAACUUUGUACACAUAUUUGUAGCGCAGCCUCUGUGUGUUACCUGUAAAGCUGGCACUUGCGUUUCAGUGGCAAAAAAGUCAGAAAAUACAAUGAAGAACACAAGUGAGGGGAGAAGUCUCUAUUCACCUAUUAUCCAUACUAAAUAUAAUGUGAAAAGAACGAAACAUCAGCCCAAGGUGAGUUUGAACUUGACUUUAGGGAAGUAGGCUACACCUGGACACGGCAGAGGACUGAAAAGUGUGAAGUGUAGUACUGUAGAAUAUAAAUAAUUUUUUUAAUGGUAUCUGAUCUUUUCUGUUUUUAUUUUAUGUUGUUUUAUUUAAUUUUAUGGGCAUUAUUAAAUCUUUUAAUAUUACCAUUUAUUAAAUAUUUAACACAUUGAAUGUAUUUAAUUAAUUACAUUAAAUGUAUUUCACCCAUAAUUUUAGAUAAAACUAAACUAAACUAAAUUGAAUGGACAAAUUGAAAAUGAAGUAGAAAUAAAAACUAAAUUAAAAUUUGAAAUAAUAACUCUGGUUGUAAUGACUAACACAGCUUUCAUUUUCUUUGGUGUAUGUUUGAGUGGAGGGGAAAAGCAACAAAUAAUUUAAAUGUCAACAGAACGCAAUAAGAAGUUUGUCGAAGGACAGUUUUGUCUUCAUAUACCUAAAGCAUAUGCUUUCAUUCUGAAACCACUUUGACAUUUGUUUUUUUGCAUUUAUAUUGACUAAUUGUUUUUCUUAGUUAUGAAGGUUAAAAUAAGUUAAAAAUAUUGAUUUGUUAGAGUUUACGGAUACAAUUUUAAUUCAGAUUCUUGAACAGAUUCAUAUGGACUCGGCCCCUUUUGGACUCAGACUCAGACUUGACUCGAACCCAACAUUAGCACUUGCAAUGCAAGUGAAUGGGUCCAGUCCAUUAACAUUAAAAUACACUUUCAAAAGUACAGCCACAAGACGUAAACGUUAUAAAUGUUAAUUUGAUUUUAGUGUGAUAAAAUUGCUUAACCUUGUCUGUGUGAAGUUAUAUCCAGUAUUACAACUUGGUUUUCAUGACAACGUUACAGCCAGGUUAUACCCUUUAACCUGGUGCACACGAUAAUACUGGUAAAUCUGAUUUUAUCAAGUCAAAUUGGUUUGUACAGUGCUUUUCACAAAAGGCAUUGUUUCAAAGCAGCUGUACAUUAAAUUAUGGUAUAACAGAAAAUGAAUAAAUAUAAUGCCAAUAUUAGUUAUGUUUAGAACUAUUAGUGGUUAAAAUUAGUAAACUAAGUGCUGUAGGUCAAUGGUUAAAAUGAUUUUGUAUGAACUAUAAAUUUUAGUAUUAAAGUCCUUGAGGUCAUCCCGAAUUAACUGAGGAAAUACACGUAGAUGCAUUGUCCAUUGAUUUUGGCCGAUGAAUGCUUUUGUUAGUGGUUAAAUCAUUUUCUAUGUAGUUGAGGAGCAUUGCAGUCCGGCUGGAAGCUUAUGGCAUGUAAUUUUGGUGAACUCCAUCCUGAGCCCAUACUUAAGAAAGAGGCUCAUGUAGAAUCCCAUGUCUUUGAGUUUGCAUCAAUUCAUACUCUGUGAAGUCUGUCUUGGUAGACUGAAGUGAAGUCUGGCUGGCACAUGCUGCAGUUGGUCAUCAUCACUCAGUGACACAGUGGGAGUCAGACAUCAGGCAGGAUCGGAGAUGGAUCUGGCAGGCUCUGGCAACAUCAGGAUAAAUCCAGAGGUUUAGACAGAGAAAGAAAUAGAAUAAAUUAGCGUAGAUGCCAUUCAUUUUAAAGCAAGGUUAAAGAAUAAGAUAAGUGUUAUUGGUUCCGGCAGACCUAACUAAAGCAGCAUAACUAUGAAUUGAGUGAUAUAUUAGGUGUAUGCCUGGCUGAAUAGAUAGGUCUUUAGUCUAGACUUAAAUUGAGAUAGUGUGUCUGAGUUCUAAGCAGUGCUAGAAGACUCUUCCAUAGAUUAGGAGCCAAAUAUGAAAAUGAUCUCCCUCCUUUUGUGGAUUUUGGUAUUCUCUGUAUUGUUAACAGGCUGGAGUUUUAUCACACUUAAAUAAUGUUAACAUAUUUAAUGUUUAAUGUUUACUUAAUGUGGCUGUAAUUUUGAAAUUGAUACUUUUGCAUUUAUGGCCUGACCCCAUUCACUUCUAUUGUAAUUGCCUUACUCUAACCGUGACUUUUGCUUUUAUAUAUAAACAAGGGACGAGUCGAAAUUAUGUUUUGUGCUAAUCAACAUUAGGCCACAAAAGAUGUUGAUUAAACUUAAAGGGAUAGUUCACCCAAAUAACCUCAUGCCAUCCCAGAUGUGUAUGAUUUUCUUUCUUCAGCUGAACACAAAGAUUUUUAGAAGAAAAUAUCAGCUCUGUAGGUCCAUACAAUGCAAGUGAACAGUGAUCAGAUCUUUGAAGCUCCAAAAAUCACAUAUAGGAAACAUAAAAGUAAUCCAUACGACUCCAGUGAUUAAAUUGAUAUCUUCAAAGCGAUAUGCUAGGUGUGGAUGAGAAACAGUCAAAAUGUAAGUGAUUUUUUUUUUUUUUACUCUAAAUAUCCAUUUUCACUUUUGCAUCUGAAAGACACGUGUUGCCUGUUUAGUUUCACAUUCACAUCUGAAAUUAAAAGUGAAAGUGGAGAUUUAGAGUAAAAAAGGGACUUAAAUGUUGUUCUGUUUCUCACCCACACCUAUCAUUUCACUUCAGAAGAUAAGGAUUUAACCACUGGAGUCAUGGAUUUCAUAUUUCCUUUGUGAUUUUUGGAGUUACAAAGGUCUGAUCUCCAUUCACUUGCAUUGUGAGGACCAAUAGAGCUGAGAUAUUCUUCUAAAAAUCUUGAUAUGUGUUCUGCAGAAGAAAGAGUCAUACACAUCUUGGAUGGCGUAAAGGUGAGUAAAUGAUAAGAGAAUUUUCAUUUUUGCAUGAACUAUCCCUUUAACUUGUUUGAACCCGGAACAUUCCUUUAAAGCGCAGAUAGGGCUUGAGACAAAAUUACAAGGGUGAGCUCUCUCCUCCAUACUUCACGUCUCCAGAAUCCUCUUAUUCUUCUUAAUCUUAUUCUUAAUCGUUUUAAUUUCCCAUAAUUGGCAGCCAUGUUUAAUAGCUGACCAGUAGUUAGUGAUGCACACCCGUAUCGAGGAACUGCCAGAGGUGCAAUUUUGAGUCCCACUUUCUUGGCUUAGGCAUUUGUCUAGCUUUCCUCUUAACCUAUCCUAUCCUAUCUACUCCAGGCUUCCCAAAGAGCACAAUGCAGCGAGAUCUCCUCAGUACACUUGGUCACCAUGAGAGGGAAAACAGCAAAAGCUCCUCUAUAUCCCCACUGAGGUUUGAGUGUCUCAAACCAGAUCCUCAAACAGAAAUCAAAGCAUGUCAUACCAUGCAAAUGUGCCUUGGGUCAGUGUUAAACAUUUAAUUUUUUGUCCUGUGCUUUCCACCCUCCAUCUACCCAAGGUCAGAAAGGACUUGAUUUAGUCUGUCUUUAACUGCAUUGGAUCAGUUUUCACUGUACAUGUACAAAGUAGAAGGGACUUAUCAACUUCACCAAUUCAUUGUCUGAGAGCCCAGCCCAACACCUGUUCUGGAGAAUUAUUCUCAUCCUGUACUGUUAGAAUUGUUUCCGUUUUUAUGUUGGUGCCGUUGAUUAUUAUUCUAACUACUACUGCAUAGAAAAUAGCAGUUCACACACUGUCAAACCUAUGUCAGAAUUAACUGAAGCGCUCCUUAGUGGAGUCAUUUUUGAAUCUCAGGUUAUAUUGAAGCAUUACAGAAUUCUCGCCAGAUAUAACUAAAGGGUCAUGGCUGAUGUUGCAAAAAAACAAACAAUAAAGUGUAAUGACAAAA